AAAUAUUGUAAAUAUUUGCAUAAUAAAAUGUAAAAUGUGUUAAACGAAGCAAUCCUUAGGAGAAAUUUACUCGAAGAUAACUGCAAUCCUCGGUUUUCCACACCAGCCACACGAGGUGGUUUCUGAUCUCCUCGUAUCUUUAUGGAAAGAGUGUCAAGUUAACCUUUGUUUUCUGUAAUAUGUUGAAGUGGAUUACUCCAUUAUUGUGGUUUGGCUCUUUCUCCUGAUCAUGCCGUUUCUCUGAUUUAGAGCUUUGUAACCAAUCGUUGAGGAGAAGGCGGGAGGAGAAACGGAGAGGUGGGGCGGGGCGCAGGGCUGGCUGGUUAUUUUAGUUUUAUCUCCCCCCCUCUCACCUCCCCACAGCACCACGACAGAUCCCCGCCACUUGUGUGUGGGCUGCAGCGAAGCGACGCUCAAAACGCGGCAGGAUCAGGUUAAAAACUCACAUCGAUCUGCAGAUGAACCACGAGUUCACGGCGCGAACGUAAAGCUUCCUCCUCUCCCCUCCUUCUGCUUGAUGCCUGAGUUGUCUCGUUUUGUGGCCUGACUGAGAAGACCAACCUCCUUUAACUGCAUUGCCUCUGCGUCUGCUGGCUUUUGGCUCCUCAUUCUCCUCCUGUUACUGGCGGCUACCGUGUUGUGAAAGUGUGUUUUGUUGUUGUUGUUGUUGUUGUUGUUGCUGUUUGGAAAAAAAAAAAAAAAAACGGAGGGAAGAGAGUGGACUGACCUGACCGAAGUUGUUUUUCUUUCUUUCUUUCUUUUUGGAUUUUUUUCCUCCUUAUGUUAAAGCUGCCUUCUUAUGAAAGAAUCUCUGCUCUGUUCUGUAAUUAAUGAAAUCAAGGAACAGAAGUGCGGGAUUUGUUUCCAUGCUCAGGAGUGGAUCUUACUAGAGGAAGCAGGGAGAAGAUGAAGUUGAGUAGUUUAAGUGGCCUUUGGUGCAUAAUCUGAGAUGAGAUAGACGACCUGCAUCUGCAACGUUGGCUGAAAUCAUCCCAUCAGAGUGGAACAUUUUAUAUGGGCAACACAUUAAGCUCAGGAUGAGGUGCAUUUGUGACUUUUUGAACUGCACCUAAGAAAAAGAGGGGGGUUAGGGGGGGUCCCUCUGUACAUCCUGCUUCCACAGGAAGAGACGCGUUUUUUCCCCCCUUUUGCUGUCAAACGAAUUAGGGUUGUUGCAUCAAAGUGAACACUGGGAAAACAAAGGAAGCUGAUUUCCUUUUGCAUCCUCCGUUUCACUCACUUAAAAAGCAUUCGACAGACCGAGUGAAAAUGAAGAAGUUUCGGAAGGUGCUGGACGGUUUGACCACCUCCUCUCCGGGGGGGACUAUGGGGUCCCCAUCGUGCGGCAGCGCGGCUGGGACUCCCACCGCGGCGCCAACUCCCAAGGAAAUCGACGUCCAGGAGACGCUGGUGUCGGAAAACUUUCAGCUGUGUAAGACGGUUCGGCAUGGAUUCCCGUACCAACCCACAUCUUUGGCCUUUGACCCCGUGCAGAAGAUCCUGGCCAUUGGUUCAAGAUCAGGUGGUGUACGAAUACUGGGCCGACCAGGGGUGGACUGCUACUGUCAACAUGAGAGCGGAGCAGCUGUUCUUCAACUUCAGUUCCUCAUCAAUGAGGGGGCGCUGGUCACAGCCUGUGCAGACGACACACUACACCUGUGGAAUCUGCGCCAGAGACGACCGGCAGUCUUGCAUUCACUCAAAUUCAACAGAGAGAGGAUCACCUUUUGCCACCUGCCCUUUCAGAGUAAAUGGCUGUACGUGGGGACGGAGCGUGGAAACACACACAUCGUCAACAUUGAGUCUUUUAUUUUGUCUGGAUAUGUCAUCAUGUGGAACAAGGCCAUAGAACUAUCAACUAAAACUCACCCAGGUCCUGUAGUUCAUCUGAGUGACAGCCCAAAGGACGAAGGCAAGGUGAGUAGGUGGACAACAGAAAAUCAGCAACAUCUUCUGGUUUCUUUUACUCAAACUCUUGGUGGCUCCUUCCUUCUCCCACUGCUACACUCUUUGUUAAACUUCUCUUAACCCCACAUCCCCUGG